CUCGCAAUAUUCAUCGCGAUAGAUUCUAGAGCACAAAAUGUGGUAAAGUACGAAAAGAUGAAGAAAAUUCACUGACGUGUAAAUCACUUCUCUGCGCAAUGGGAUCCUACAUGAACUGGUAUGCUGACGUCUUACGCGGCAACGUUUCGCUCCCUUGUUCUUCACCCGCUUUUAUUCCUUCGGUUAACUCUACGCGCCCUUCUACUCCGACGUACCUUGCUGCUGAGAUAUCGGCAGGCAGCGUAGCCGUGAUAACAGUGGCAGUGCUCUCCACCGCAGCCUCCUUCAGCCCCUGCGUCAGUAGUAGUACAGCGUACCUUAGUCCAACCGUCAGCACGAGUACAGCGUCCUUUAGUCCCACCGUCAGCACGAGCGCAGCGUCCUUUAGUCCCAUGGUCAGCACGAGUACAGCGUCCCUUAGUCCCACCGUCAGCACGAGUACAGCGUCCUUUAGUCCCACCGUCAGCACGAGCGCAGCGUCUUUUAGCCCCACCGUCAGCACUAGCGCAGCGUCCUUCAGCCCAACUGUCAGCACGAGCGCAGCGUCCUUUAGUCCCACCGUCAGCACUAGCGCAGCGUCCUUUAGCCCCACCGUCAGCACUAGCGCAGCGUCCUUCAGCCCCACCGCCAGCACGAGCGCAGCGUCCUUCAGCCCCACCGCCAGCACGAGCGCAGCGUCCUUCAGCUCCACCGUCAGCUCGAGCUCAUCCCGCUUUAGUCCUUCCAUCAACUCGGGCCCGGUGAAUGGCCGUUACGGUGACGCCAACAACUGGACGCUUGAUGUGCUCCAGGAUCCCACGGACAACACCCAGGAAAUUAACAGCUUCCCUUACAGUAUCCAAAAUUCGAUUCGGGCGCGGACGACUGACAGUAACGGUGGUAGUUUUGACAACGCUGAUGUCAAAAUUCGAAAGAACCAAACUGGUUCUUCAAACGUGAACAUAUCGAGUGAAAAUAUUUUGAAACGUGAUAAACAAAAGCCAAUCCUGUUCAGAACAAAUAACUUCCCAAGAGAUAACAGAACGGCCACACUUAGGCGCUUCAAAAUUAUUCCGGACAAAUCACUGAACAACGAAUAUAUUUUGAAUAAUCAUCAUCCCCGGAUCUCUGCGAAGAAACCAGAGCACGUUUUGCCGGAAAACUCUUGGAUAUACUUCUCACUUCUGAGGAACGAAACGAUUUAUAAGCGUCUUGGGAUUUUUGAGCAGAAUGGUCUUAUUAACACGACACAAUUUCCUCGGAUGAGGAUUCACGAAUCAAAAGCGUCUUCCGAGGACGGCUCUCAACCGUACAUAUUUGAUAUGCCUCUCGUGCGUUGGCUGCUCAUCGCCCUCUACUCCAUGGUCUUCUUGACGGGACUGAUCGGAAACUUGGUGGAGCUGACGGUGAUGUAUCUUCACCCUCGUAUGCGCUCCACAACCAACUUCUUCCUGACGAACCUGGCAGUGGCCGACCUCGGGGUCAUCGUUUUCUGCGUCCUGCAGAACCUGGGGCUUUACCUCGCUCAGUCGUGGAUAUUCGGGGACUUCUUGUGCAAGAUGUACAACUUCGUGCAUCACCUGACGUACACCGCGUCCGUGAUGGUGCUCAUGGUGACAUGCGUUGAGAGGUACAUCGCCAUCAUGAAGCCUUUCAGAGCGAAGACGGCUCUCCGACACCGUAACUUGCUUGUGGCACUGGCGCUGGUCUGGAUUUUAAGCGGCAUUUACUGUUGUCCAAAACUGAUCUUCUUCAAAGCCGUGGCGCACGAGCUUGAGAACAACGUCGUCGAGGUAAUUUGUUUAGCAGACCGAAAACUCUACGAUUCGCGAACCUACGACACGAUCAAUUUUGUGCUGCUCUACAUUAUCCCCCUGACGGUGAUAUCGGUCCUGUACUGGAAGAUCGGGCGCUAUUUGUGGAUCAACGGCACGCUGAUCGAGCGACGCUUCCGCCAGGAGUUGACGGGCGGCGCCGGGAUGGCGGGUAGAGCGCCCGAGGGCUGGUGCGAGCGACAGCUCUUCAUGCAGCAGGUAGGCUUUGUGGAUGUUCUCAUAGUGGAGAAGGAGCAGCAUGCGUAUGAGAACAGGCCUCUGAGCGUUCGCCUGGCAGCGGUGAGCAGCUCCAGCAGCAAGUACAGCUUCAGAAGCGACAGAAUCGAUGUCACUAGAACCAUGCAGUCCCAGAACCCAGUGCUCAGAGUUGGGCCCUAUCACUCAUACGAGCUCAUAAGAACUUGGAGAAAAGUGAUCAAGCUGCUCGUAGCGUUCGUUCUGUGUUUUGCGAUCUGUAAUCUGCCUUUCCACGUACGAAAGAUGUUGUCUUAUUACUACCAUGGGUACCAAGCGGUAAGUAACUACGCACUACUAGCCACACCGUUCACCAACCUACUGACAUACCUCAACUCCGCCCUCAACCCACUCUUGUACUCCUUCAUGAACCACAACUUCAGGUCGUGUGUUCGUGACGUCAUCGCGUGCAGGUACACGCUGCGAGGCAAGCGACGUGCCAGCGUCAGUCGCGUCCAUCUCGCCAAUCCGUUGCGACUCGGUUCGCUAAGGCAUAAGGCGAGUCACUUUUAA